AUGAAUUAUUCAAAAUGCUCAUCUUGCAAUCAAAACAUUGCUAUUCUCAAUUGCAAAACAUGCUCAAUAGUUCUAUGUUUCUAAUGCGAUCAAAAUCUUCAUUCUUAAUAAGAUAAUCAUAUAACAACAACUUUAAUAUUUUCCUCCUAAUUUCCAACUUAAUCUAAUCCAAAUAAUCUAAAUCAAAUCAUCCAGAUAAAAAAACUAGAGUUAUAAGAAUUAAAACAAAAAGAACAAUCAAUGGCCAAAAUUUAUUAAGAGAAAAUGUUACAUGCUUAAAAAAAAUAUGAUCAAAAAAUUAAUUCAUUAGAAGAAAGAUGUAUUAUUCAAUUUAUUACUUUUUAGUAUAAUAAGCAUCGUAAUAUAUGAAUCAAAUGCAGGAUUAAGUUGAAGACCUUGAUGUUGAUAAAAUGUAAAAUGAAUUAGAAAACUUAGACAAAAGUUUAAAAAUAGAAAUCAAAAAUGCAGAAGAAGAAUAAAUUAUUCUUUUUGAAAAAACACAAAAAGUUGAUUAACUUAUUGACAGAUUAAAAAUAGCUACAGAUAUUGAAUAAUAAUAAAUUUAAAAAAUGAAUGAAGUAUUGGCAGUUUUUAAAACAUGUUCAGAGUAAUUGUAAUAAGAAAAAGUACUAUUAUUUUAUUCUCCAUAUUUAGGACUUGCUUAUGUUAGAUAAUGAGAAGCUUAUUGGAGAAGUUGAAAUUUUUGCUAAAUUUUUUGAUGAAAAUGGUCCCCUUUUGGAAGAAAUAAGUAAUGUAAAAAAUGAGUAAUAAUAAUAAUGA